UAUUCGGAUGUGGUCUAACGCAGUUUUUAUACCGCGACUAUAAUUUUAUAUUUAACAUUAAGUUUUAUUUUUAAGAACUUUCUGCAUCAGUGAUAAGACUUAAAAUUGAAAGGCACCGAACAACUUGCGUGAAUUCCUUGUGGAAAUAUAAAUAUGGGGCUGACUUUCCCUAAUCAUUAUUUUUUAUGAAUUUUAUCAGUAGAAUCCGCAGAAGAAGAAUCAAUACUUGCAUGGGACCUAAUAAAAUAUUUAAUUUUAAAUAAAUCUUGUAAAGGGAGAAAAAGUUCUCUAAUCUUGUAAUUAAAUUUGCAAAUAAUUUUGAAAAAAAUAAAUAAGAUAGGCUCUUACAAUGAAGUCAAGGGAUAUAACAAUGGGCCUGAAAUCCCUAGUGAUGGUUUUACUGUUUACGUUAUCGGGAGCACAAGAUCAUAGAGGAAAUGAGGAAAUCAUGAAAAAAACUCUGCCGGCCUAUGCGUUCGCUGAAUAUGCAGAAAUAUUGAAUGCAACAGUUUGUCAAAAGGAUUUAAUCAUCUUCCGAGAGGCAAUCAAUAACCGGAAACUGUGGGGCCUGAAAAUGUUGGAUUCAAGCGGAGAACCCAAGCCUGGAUUUAUUUAUGGAAAUAAUUAUUGGCUCGGAACUCGAAGUCAAUGCUAUGAUUCUUCGAAUAGAUCGCCUUUAAUGUUGGAGGAAGAAGUAAAACAUAACGAUUCGAAAUUUCGAAAUGUGAAAGAAGAAUUCCCACCUUUUGAAGUACACUAUUUUGUUGCAUACUUUACACACAACAGUACUCUUCAGUAUCACGUUAGAUUACCAAAUGAGGAUUUAAUUAUUCUCGGCCUUUGUCUACCAGCUGAAUGUUCCAUGAAUGAAAUCGCCUUGAUUCUCGAGAAGAUGUUUGAGGACAGAAUACUUUUAAUUAGCGACCUAUAUAAAGUAGAUUUUAAAUUAUCACAAGUGAAGGACCUAACAGAAGAUAAACUAUCAUUAGGAUUUGGAAGAAUUUUAACGUUAUUUGUGUUUUCAUUAAUUUUGGCAUUAAUGUUAACGGGCACACUUUACGAUGUUCUUGUUCAUCGAAAGUACAAACAGUUUAAAAAGAAGUUAGCCCAUUUCGAGAAGAACGACACCCCUCAUAAUAAUCAAUCCAAAAACACUACACAAUCUUUGGAAUCUGCUGUGUUGAAAAAAUACCGUCAAAGCACGAUGGGAAAAGUAUUAUUGUGUUUUUCCACCUAUACGAAUACAAAAAUUAUUUUUGAUACGAAACUGAGUGUUGACUCUCUUCCUGUAAUUCAUGGAUUAAGAUUUUUGGGCAUGGUAUGGAUUAUUAUGAUACACACUGUUUUCUACAUGAGCGAUUUCACUGACAAUAAACCCUGGUCGUGGAGAAUGGCCGAAGGUGUUGCUGUUCAAGUCAUAGGCAAUUCAACUCUAGCAGUUGACACAUUUUUCUUUUUAAGCGGAUUCCUUAUUUCAUACUUAUAUUUGAAAGGAAAACAGAAUGAGAAAGAGGAAAACCCGAUUAAUUACAGAAGGAAAGCCAAUGAAUUUGCAGGGGCGGUGUUAAAGCGAUUCUUACGAUUAACUCCAGCCUAUAUGAUGAUGAUUGGUAUCGUAGAUAUAAAUUCAGCUUGGUAUGGUGAAACUUCUCAGUUUUACAUGUCCGAACGACCACAAGAAGUUUGUGUAAAAUAUUGGUGGAGAAAUAUAAUGUACAUUAACAAUCUUUUCGGAAGAGACACAAUGUGUAUGUCUUGGAGUUGGUAUUUAUCAAACGAUAUGCAAUUUUUCAUCAUCGGCAACUUCCUUCUAAUUAUGUCUUCUGUAUAUCUGUAUACAGCUUCUAUUAUUUUGAUAUCUUUGAUGAUUGGUUCAAUAGGUGUAACCGGUUACCUCUCAUAUAUCCAUGGAUACGUCCCAACGCUGGACGCUCAAUAUCAUAUGUUGGAUGUUUUGUAUGAUCGACCGUGGACGAGGAUAGGCCCAUACAUUGUAGGAAUAAUUACUGCUUACAUUUUGAUAAAGCUAAACAACCAGCUACUCUGGCGAAAGAGAACAGUUGCUCUUUGUUGGGUACUAGGCAGUUCCUGCAAUCUUCUUGUACUUUUUGGUAUUUGGCAAAGGUACAUAUCCGUGUUAACCGCUGCUUUUUACGUUGGGCUUAGCAGAACUGUAUGGGCUGUGGGUCUUUCUUGGUUGAUCAUCGCUUGCUGUACACAUCAUGGAGGAAUCAUCAAUAAGAUUCUGACAUACAAAGGAUGGAUUCCACUAAGUAGACUUACGUAUUGCGCUUACUUGUUAAAUCCCUUCAUUAUAAAUUCAAUUUACCUUCAUAGUGAAUCAUCUGUACAUGUAGACUUUUUACCAAACGCUAUGACGUUUCUGGGAGUUUUCGCUUCCACGUAUUUCUGUUCAUACGUCCUUUCUCUCAUGCUGGAGACUCCAAACGUGUUGCUGACAAGGUUACUGGUGAAUCGCGGCCUGAAAAGAUGAAUAUUUUUUAUUCAAGAUAGUUAUAAGUUGAGAACGAUACACAGGAG